GUCAGCUGCCGGUGAGCGGAGGAGCAGCGUGAAUGGCUAACUGUGCUAAUUGACUCUUGCAGAAGUUCAGCAACGACUCGACCAUGACUUCGCUUUUGUUAAGCGUUUUGCUGUCGCAAUGCCGUGACAUCGAAAACGUCUUAGACGCGCUGUGUUGGCCUGGUUCCUCGUGGCCCGAGAUAGAAAAGGUUGAAUCCCUUUCCACAUUGAUCGGGGAGCUUGUUAAAAAAUCUGACUCCAACGUCGAGGAUUUUAAAGACUCGGAGACAAAGGAACGUUUCCUUUGCAAAGUGCAGUCUGUUCUCUGGGGUCAGUGCGUGCCCCUUUUAAAAAUGAUCUCCAACGCGAAGGGAGACGACGCGCAAAACGGCAAGAACGAGCAGAUGCUCAGCGCCGCGUGCGGACUUCUCGGAGCGUGCCUGAGCGCGAGCCAAACGGACCCGCUGGAGAAAAUGGCGAGCCUAGUUUUGCCCGCGUUAACCGGCUCAGGUAGCCGCGACCGAAGUACCGACACGGACCAGCUCGAUAUCGAUACUGCCACUGAAGUCGUGGUUGUCCUGCUCUCGGCUCCUGCGCGAAACGCAGCCCUCACCGUAAAGGCGCUGUGUUGCACGCUCGCAAGCGUCAAGGAGCUCUCGGACGCUCGGGUCUCGAAAAUAAUCGUGCGUGUCUGGUUUGCGUGUCUUAAAUCGUCCACCGAGGAGACACGCGGGGACGUUCUCCGUCGCGCAUGGGAAGAUCUACUGAGCUGGCACGAUCGCGACUGUACAGAGGCGGUGACGGCACGCGUGUUGCUGUGCCUGACCGCGAUCUCGGACUUCCUCUUCCCUCCAGAUCAGCAACGUUUAAGAGAUCAUCAUCAAAUACUGCCCGACCCACGAACAUCUCAGCCUUUCUUUAGAGUCGUCCAGGCCGGAUUGACGCACCGAGACAGCGUGGCACGCAAACGGGCUCUCUACCUGUUGAAAAAAUGCGUCUCGUUGUCAGAAUCGGUGAAUACAAGCGUUUGUAUGUGUCAGCCAGGUACAUCAGAGGUUUUCUAUGAUGUUUUGUUCAGAUGGACACCAGACCAAAGGCUAGUGUUCCAAGAGUUUUGGGGGAAUUAUGCUCUGGUAUUGGAGACUCUUGAAGAAAACCAGCUCCACGUGGUCCGGCCCGUGCUCCGCCGGCUUGACGCCCUCACCGAGGCCGCAGCAACUGAUGGUGAAGCAGGGGGCGCGCUGGUCCAUUCGUCCUGGUUGCUGUGUGUCUAUCAGCGCAUGUUCCACAGUGAGAAUAAAGCGGUGAUGAAAGACGGGGUGAACCACCUGCUGGGGCUGCGGCUCCUUCGGUGUCCCGCCUUUGCCUUGUCCGUAUCCAAGUUUGUUGUAGGUCCCUUCAUGGAUGUUCUUGCGGAGAUCUCGCUGUAUCACAGGUCACCAGGGCAAGCCAUUGGGGACUGUCCAGAGCUGGGCCUGAAACUGCAGAACUUCAUGGUGACCUUCUUCAGCAGUUUGCCCAAGGAGAACCAAGGGUCCGUCUUGCUGCAGCUCCUAAGGCGCCUGGCCUCUCCGCACUGGUGUGCCGUUCCCCUGUUCUUCCUAUCCCGGGCCCUGUCCCACCUGUCCCCCCGUCCGCUUCUCAACGCAGACGGCCUGCACGUGCUGAGAGAGGUUCUGAGAUGCACCAUAAUCACACACCAGGUGCUGCUGAGAGGAGCUACCCAGUGCUUUCUGCUCCACACUGCCAUCUGCUUGACUGAUGUGUCAGAGGUGUCUCUGGAGGAAGUCUUCGCUUUUCUGGCACACUUCCGAGCCGAUGAGUCCCUUCGUCGAGACACGACACUUUGGAGCGAGCUCCGUGAUUGGUUACAUGCUAACGAGGCCCGGUUUCGGCCAAUUGGGGUUUGUGCUGGCACCACGCCCCAGAGGGUCUCCGUGUACAGCUCGGAGUGUUUGAGGGCCUUCCUCACGGUACCAGCAAGCUCAGCAGAUGAGGCGGAGGUCAUCCCGCCGGCGGGCGAGGCCGAGGUGGCAGCCUGCGCCCUGCUCCUCUCGGCCGACGCGGACGGCGACGGCCUGGAACAGCUGCUGCGCCCCCUGCUGGACGUCCUGCGCCGGCUCGCCACCAGCGCCUACCUGCCGCCGCGCAAGGCCGACAGGAGCCUGCAGGUGGCGCUGCGGCUCCUGCAGCUGCUGGGGCCGAGCGCCGAGAGGCGCGGGGAGAGCGAAGACAAGGUAGCUGUUGCCGUGAGAAGACUGCUGUUGAGCGUGGUGGAGCCAGUACAAGAGUUCAUACUAAGAAGACUGAAUGGGGAUCUUAAGGAGCUGCGCGAUUUGGACAGGGCUGCCCUGUACCACUCUGUCUUAGGGGAGCUGGUGAAGACCUACUGCAGUCUUCCGGGUUACCUGUCAAACCUGCAGAACAACUAUGUGUCCAGACUCACCGGGAACUGCCUGAGGAUUCUGAAUGCACCUUCCGAGCAGAAUUCAUCCUUUGCAGGGCAGGUGCAGAAGGCUGUCGCCAUGACGACGUUGGCCCUGCUGUGCGAACUGGGCGAGCAAAGUUUGUUUGAGCCACAGUCCGAGGCCACGAGGUCCCUCUGUUCGCUCUGGACCUACUUCCACUCGUCUCCUUCCUCCUCAUCCUCACCCCCGUGCCUUACGCAGACCUUACAGAAGCCUUCAUCAUCCACAAUCUCGGCAGUCGGCGGUCCAGAUGACAGCCCCCUGUUGCUUAGGGACUGGGGCAGGUUGGCGGCCCGCUUCGUCCGGGACCAGUGGGUGUGCCUGAGCUUCCUCCACAGGUGCGGCAUGGUGCCCGUGGAGAGGGCCGGACCACUCUGGAAUGUCGCCUCCCUCGCUGCAGCCACUGAUGCCCUGACCCUGUUGCCGGGCUGCCUGGCGCUGCCCGCGCUGGACUUCAUACGGGUGGUUUUGCCGCAGGUGGUGCCACACGAGGAGGCCCUGUGCGCGGAGGCGGUGGCCGCUUCCUGGCGGCUGGUGCAGGCGUCGAGCACCAACUCGCACGACUUCUGGCCGGCGCUGCGGGCCUUUGUGUGCCUGACAUUCCAGCGUCCCAUCCUGGAACUGACGGAGGCCCAGAGCCCCGAGCUGGUGCCCCGCGUACGGCAGGUCACGGGCGAGCUGCUGCAGAUGGCACAACUGAAGUCAGGCGUGCUGAACGAGCUGAUCCGGCACUGCGGCCACACCUGGCUGCCCUCGGGACCGGACCCCCUUGCCGACCCCGCUCUCGGGGGCGCCCUCAACCACCUGGACUUGCUGACGGAGGCGUGCGUCUACGGGCCGGUCUUCCGGAGAGAUCAACGAACCGUGCGGGAGGUUCAGACGUACGUGGAGCAGCUCGGGGAGGAGUGCGCAGCCAACGCGGUGAUCGGCAGCGCUACCAGAGACGACCAGUACCCGCGCCUGUGCGCGCUGGCCCUGCUGUGCAGACUGGACGUGAGCGACACCCUGCAGCACAGCCUGAUGGAGCAGCUGGCAGAGCGGCUGCUGGGCAAGGACGAGGAGAUUUCAAAGUCAAAAGUGCGCUACUAUAGCAACUCCAUACAGCACAGAGUAAAGAACCGCGUGUGGCAGACACUGCUGGUACUGCUGCCCAAACUGAGGCUGGGCUUCGUGGCGGGCCGCGUGCUUCCAGCCACACUCCAGGCGGCCUCCCACGCCAACCAAGCCUCUGUAAAGUACCUGAUCGAGUGGACCCUCAUACUCAUCCUCCAUCUCUGGCCCACUCUCAUCCACCGCCUCUGGGACGGCUUCAGCGCGGACCGGGAGAAGACUAAGACGAGCGUCUGCACGCUCCUGUCCGUGAUGGUGCACCUGGGCGUCCUCCUCCCCCGGCUGGAGAAUAAGGUGGAGCAGUGGCAGAAGGCGGUGGAGGUGGUCUUUCUGCGGUGUUUCAGCCAUAUCUUCAGCGUGCGCCUCUACGCUCUCCUGGCACUGAAGCGCCUCUGGGCCCUGGAGGCCCAGCAGGCCGCAGCUCAUGACGAGGCCACCCUGGGGGCCUCCCUGGGUGGGCUCGCCACGGCUGUGCGGGCCUGCCUGCACCAGGCAGAGGUCAUGCAGAGCACGGGCAACGCUAUGAAGAACUGGUCCAGAAUUCAAGAGCACUUUUUCUUCAGUGCCUUUCAUCCCCUUAAUGAUUACAGUGUAGAGACGAUAUUCCACACGUUCCCUCGUCUGUCGGCGGUGGCGGAUGACGAGUGGGUUCCCGCGUGGAAGUUCGAGAAGCUGGUAGACUUUCGCAGCGAUUCCUCCCUCCCUCUGCACAACGCGGGCAGGUUACUGAGCGAACUGCAGCCCGGAGACUGGGUCCAGCAGGACCAAGGCGAGUUGGACCAGGAAGAACGCUGGGCAGACGUGCAGAAGAAGAUCGCCCCCUGGAGGCUGAGCGUGCAGGAACAGGAGCCGGAGCUCGUGGCCCAGCAGAGAGCGGCGCGUCUGGGCAAGCUCACCGGCGCCCUCCUGGUGGUCGCCUCGCUUAUCGACAAGCCCACGAACUUGGGAGGUCUCUGUAGGACGUGUGAGAUCUUUGGAGCCAGUGCUUUGGUGCUGGACAGCCUGCGUCACAUCAGUGACAAACAGUUCCAAGCCCUGAGUGUGUCCUCUGAGCUAUGGCUGCCUCUGCUGGAGGUGAAGCCCAUGGAGCUGGUAGAUUUCCUGCAGUUGAAGAAGAAGGAUGGGUACUGCAUAGUCGGAGUGGAGCAGACAGCCAACAGCGAGAGUCUCCAAGACUACAGGUUCCCAGAGAGGACCCUCCUGUUGUUGGGGAACGAGCGAGAAGGUAUCCCGGCCCGCCUGCUGCAGCUGCUGGACGCGUGCGUGGAAAUCCCGCAGCGGGGAGUCACGCGCUCGCUCAACGUGCACGUGAGCGCCGCCUUGCUGGUGUGGGAGUACACCAAGCAACACGCGCCUUCUGGCCGCGGCGCCUGACUGUGUUUGGGCUUUCAGACGUGAGCGGUGCCAGCACCGAAUGUGGAACUAAUGCAGCAGGCAUGCUCUAGCGAGAGACUGGGUGCAUUCUGUACCGUCUUAAACUGUUUCUGCUAAAACUGUUAACUUUCUCCUCCAAAAUGGCUUUGCGCAGAGACUAUCUGCCAUCCCCCGUAAAAUUCGCAUGAAGUGAAACUUAUAAACUAUAAUAUACAAAAUGACGUUUUUCCUUUACAAUUUGGAGGUCAAGACUGAAGUGAACUGUUAUUUUAUCAGGCUUAUUGUGACAAAUAAACUUUUAUAUAACUAUUG